CUCCCAUCCCAUUAACUUUCGACACUUCCACAACAACGCCCACUACAUCGAUUUUGACUCUCGUCCCCUCGUUCGAAGCAUCAGAUACGCGUCUAUCACGACUUACAAUUACUACCAAAAUGCCUCCCAAGAAGUCAACUACUGCCACCCCCAAGAAGGCCGCUGCCUCAACAGCUAGCCAUGGGUCUUUCCAGGACAUGGUAAAGGAUGCUAUUGCCAACCUUAAGGACCGUAAUGGAUCCAGCCGUCAAGCUAUCCAGAAGUACAUCAGGGCCAACAACAAGGUCGACAACCUCUCCGAGACUGCCUUCAAGGGCCACGUCAACCGUGCUAUCGCCCACGGUGAGGAGAAGGGUAUCUUCUUGCGUCCUAAGGGUGCUUCCGGUACCGUGAAGCUCGCGAAACAGGAGGCUAAGCCCGCUGUCGCCAAGAAGACCGAGACCAAGAAGGAGGAGAAGGAGAAGAAGCCUGCUGCAACCAAGGCUAAGACUGCCACCAAGGCCAAGGCUGCUCCUAAGGCUAAGGCUACCACUACCAAGGCGAAGGCUACAACCACCAAGAAAGCACCUGCCACCAAGAAGGCUACCACCACGAAGAAGCCCACCGCUGUCGCUAAGCCCAAGGCGAACGCCAGUAAGCCCCGCAAGUCCGCCACCGCUGACGCUGGCCCUGCCCCUGCCGUCGCAAAGGAGGUCACACGCGUCCUAGGAAAGACAAAGUCUGGACGUGUCACCAAGACCAAGGCACCUGAGAGUCCUGCGUCCAAGGCCGCACCCAAGAAGAGGGGGGCGCCCAAGAAGGCUGCCGCCGCAAAGGCCAUACCAAAGAAGGCCACCCCCAAGAAGGCCACACCGAAGAAGGCAUAAGCGGUUCAUCCGCAACUUUCCUUCGCUGUUGAUUCUUCUCGACUAGCUCUCGUGCGCAGGCCAUUUCCCAGAACGUCUGAGCACUUGAGCCUGUAAUGUGAUAUCCCUUUCUCUCUCUACAUCUGGAACUGGUGGAACGGUAUGGGCCUGGUACUGCUAAGGGGUGUUGAUCUGUCUGUCUGUUCUUUACAUCAUGUCGGCUGGGCGUUAUGGCGCGUUCGCGCAGGUUGGAUUUCUGUAUUUCUCUCUUUUCACUUUAGGAAAGGAGUGUAUCGGUGACGUGACGUGUAUCGUCGUGGCGAUGGAAUGAAUGUCGAAUCAUAAGUUCAAAUUUUGCGC